CUGCUGCUCCAGAAAGUAGAUCCAUUCCUACUGCUUAGCUCUGCUUCUCACUGAUCACACUCCUGGUCCCUCGCCUUUCCUGUUUAGGGAGACGGCGCAGUGAAGUCGUUGGGAAUGGAGAACCAGAGAAGCGUUGCGAGACUUCGUUCGCGAUCGACUGCAGGGAAAGGAAAAUAGCUGGUUCCUGCACCAAGCUCCUAUGGCCCAACGGAGGAAGAAUGUUGUGGAUCACGUUUCCUGUGGGAAUGCAGUGGAUAAAACAGAUGCUGUGCGGGAGGAUGAGGAACUUCCUCUCUUAGAAUCUAGAUGUCUUUUGGCAAGUUUUGGAAAGAAAAUACGAAAUUGGCAAAUUAAUAAUCGUGAAUGGGCAUUACUAAGAAGAACUCCAUUUGGAAAGCUAAUUAAAGACAUUUUAAAACUUGAUAUGAAUAUGGAAAUAGUAGAUGCUUUGUUGGGUUUUUGGGACGAGGGGCAUUGCGGUUUUUUAAUUGGCGGGGUCAUAAUUCCUUUCACUGUGGAUGACAUAGCUCUGAUUACUGGUCUUCCUAACCGAGGCCAAAAUGUAGUGAGGCAGAAACGGGCUCUGUCGCUUGAUCCUGAAUUUAGUAGGAUAUAUUUGACCAAGAACAUUAUUCGGAGAAGGCUGGAUAAUAUUCUCAGAAACAGAAACGAUCAUAACCCUGAGACUGACAAACGUUUUGUUCAGCAAAUGAUUCUUUUCCUAUGGGUUUCUGUGUUGUUCCCUUCUGGGAGUGGAGUUGUGCCUAGAUAUAUGGCUUAUUAUGUGAAGGAUCUGGAUUCAAUUGGAAGCUAUAAUUGGGCCGAAGCACUUCAUUCAUUCCUUGUAAAAGAAAUCAAUGCAAAGUCCAAGGUUGUGAAGGAACGAAAUGAAGGAAAGGAGGUGGCAGUCGGAUGCAUGAACGGUCUAUCCUUCACAAUCACUGUAUGGUUUUUUGAGCAUGUUGAUUUUGGUGAGGAUGCAAGGCCUUCUAAUCCAGAAACAAGACCAAGAAUGCUCAAGUGGGCAAAAAGAUGCAAAUUCUGGCGGAGAAAACGUUUUCUAGAUAGACUUAGAGACACGGCGGAGGACAAGGUUUGCUAUCGGCUUCUCCCUAAAAAUGAUGAGUUUGAACUCAUAUCCCUGAAUAGUUUGGAGCAGAUUCAAUCUGAAAUUGGAUGUUCUGAUGGUGCAGUGAGGGAUGAUCCAUCUUUGGUUGCAGGCCUUGAAGCAGUGGAUUCUGACAUCAGAGCUGGAUACGAGGGAAUGGAGCAUAGAGGUACUGAUGCUGGGAAAAAAAAGCAGCAAAAAAAAGUGGAAAAAAAAUGCUCUUCUGAGAUAGCGAGUCUUACACAACUUGUUCUUAAACAAAUCGCACGAAUUUCUGUUUUGGAGAGGAAGAUUGUGAAUCUAGAAACUCUAGCUGUAUCAAAGGGAUGGGAAAUAGAGGGGAUGAAUGAUAAGAUUAAUGGGAAGGUUGGUGAAAAAGUUGACCUUAGUGCAACCCUUCUCAAGCCAUGCAUUGAAGGAGAUACAGUGGAAUUUCCAACGCUUAAUAGCAUUGCAAGGAGUGAAAAGCAAAUAUGCCAGCAACAUGGAAAAAGGAAGAUGCUGAAAUCAAACAUUGGAAGGGAGCAUCUCAUGAUCAAGAGGAGAAGGGAAAUUACAGUAGAGAAAGCUUCCAUUCCUAGCGUGGAAAGUUUGGCAAGAAUCGAGAGGACGGACACUAAUAUGCAGAGGGGCACUAAUAUGCCGGUCAAUCUUGACGACUACGCAAGCCCGAUGGAGAAGAUGGUUCAAGAGGCAAGAGUUGCAUCUCUGAAUUACGUUGGCCGUGAACUUCUGACGGAGAAUGUUAGAAAUUAUCUUGAUGCAUUUUGCAUAAAACCUAUGCAGAGAGAUGACAUAGUGUUCUUUGAUUGGAACAUCUGUAUUCGAAGACAUUCAAUGCUGGAGUAUCUCCAAGGAGGAUAUACCAGUGAAGAGAUUAUAGAUGCAUAUGCCCUUAUGUUAUAUGAAGGGGCUAAAAUGUCCGAGAAUAAGUUUGCGAGUUUUUUGUACGUGCCACCUAUGUUUUUGGGACUUUAUCGCAACAAACUUGGUAGCUAUAAGACAUUUUUGAAUGCUUUUGACGAGAAAUCCCUCGAGAAAGCCAAGUUAUUAUUAUUGCCAUGCCAUAUCUCAACUGCCAACCAUUGGUUACUACUUGUUUGCAACAUGAAGUUGAAGAAAUGGAUUGGUUAUGACUCCUUGUAUGAUGCAAGACACAGAGAGGCGGCGAAAGAGCAGACUUUGCUUCUAGCGGAGUAUCUGCAUGAAGAUCAUGGGUUGGAUAUUAGAUCUUGGAGUCUCGAAUACAGGAGGAUUUAUCCCCAGCAAGAACCCGGCACACUUGACUGCGGCAUCUUUGUGAUGAAGUUUAUCGAAAGCAUUGUUAGUGUUCCUAUGUUGAUUAAUUUCAGAGGUUCUGAUAUGCAGUUUUUCCGACCUCAAAUUGCUUACCAAAUUCUUCAUCACUGUUAGCUAUAUAUAUAUAUAUAUAUAUAUCAAACGCUUCUAUGUUGCAGCUGUAUUUAUUAAUCUACUUUGUUAAAAGCUGGCAAUGCUUUGCCUUUCAUUGGGUUGGGGUGGGGUGCGUUAGCAGUUAUGCAUAUGUUGUUCGUACAUAAAGCUACAUGCAUCAUCUGCACCUGAACUUUUCUUAUAAGAGAUUGUUCCCACCAUGUUAUGU